AUGAAUCGAAGACUGUGGUUUCUUUUUGCUGUUGCAAUAUUCACGAUUUGCUUGAUAUUCGUUAACGCCGAUGAAGAUCCGCUGAAAGUACAGGAUGGUUCAGCCGACAACUUGAAAGCAACGGAAAAAGAGACUUAUGAAUUUCAGACAGAAGUGAGUAGAUUGAUGAAGAUUAUAAUAAAUUCUCUGUAUAAAACGCGGGAAAUAUUUCUUCGUGAAUUAAUAUCUAACGCCUCCGAUGCGAUCGACAAAAUUCGCUUCCUGUCGCUCACUGAUCCUAAUGCACUUUCGGCAAAUCCAAACUUGAACAUAACAGUAAAAGCCGACCCAACUAAUCGUAUCCUAAUUAUUCGGGAUUCGGGGAUCGGGAUGACAAAGAAACAUCUAAAGGAAAACCUCGGGACUAUAGCUAAAUCGGGUACAUCAGAGUUUCUAGACGCGAUGGAAAAAGGAAAAGCAGAUAUGAGCUUGAUCGGCCAAUUCGGUGUCGGCUUUUAUUCUGUAUUCUUAGUAGCUGAUCGAGUCGUUGUUGCGAGCAAGCAUAAUGAUGACAAGCAAUACAUUUGGGAGAGUACAGCAGUGAAUGAUUUUUCUAUUGCAGAAGAUCCAAGGGGAAAUACACUUGGAAGAGGCACAGAGAUUCAGUUAUAUCUUAAAGAGGAUGGCCUCGAGUAUUUGGAUGAGAAGCGGUUACAAAAUUUGAUCAAAAAAUAUUCCGAGUUUAUAAACUUUCCAAUUUAUUUGAGUGUCCACCGAACAGAAGUUGUAGAAGUUGAUGAUGAGGAAGAUGACAAACCUGCGGAUACAGAGGAUAAACCUGCGGAUACAGAGGAUAAACCUGCGGACACGGAGGAUAAACCUGCGGAUACAGAGGAUAAACCUGCGGAUACAGAGGAUAGACCUGCAGACACGGAGGAUGAAUCCGCUAAAAAGACAGAGGAAAGCGAAGAUGACGGGGACCUCGAGGUCGAAGAUGUGACGGAGAAGACAGAAAGUAAACCAAAGAAGAAGACAAAGGAAAUUUUGGUCGAAGAAUGGGAACAAAUGAAUACUCAGAAGCCUAUCUGGACUCGAGAUCCCAAGAACGUUACCGAUAAAGAAUACGAAGAAUUUUACUACUCUCUUGUUAAAAAUGAAGGUUCACCACCCCUAUCAUGGAUUCAUUUUAAGGCUGAAGGUGAGGUAGACUUCCGUUCGAUUGUUUAUAUUCCAAAGAAAGCGCCAGCGGACAUGUUCAAGAAAGUUCAAGACUACUCUCGGAAUAUCAAGUUGUUUGUCAAGCGAGUUUUUAUCACCGACGAGUUUCUCGAUUUUGUCCCAAAGUAUCUCCAAUUUAUUCGUGCCAUCAUCGACGCCGAUGACAUUCCUCUUAAUGUAUCUCGCGAAACGCUCCAACAACACAAGACACUUCAAUUGAUAAAAAGGCGACUCAUCAAGAAAAUACUCGAACUAAUUGCCAACCUGUCACGGGAUGAAGAAAAAUAUGCCAUUUUAAUGAAAGAAUUCGGGACAAAUCUCAAACUUGGCGCUAUCGAAGAUAAUAGAAAUAGAAAGAAGGUCGCCAAACUUUUGAGAUUUCCUACUUCAGCGGAAAAUGUUAACGUGACAUCUCUGGAUGAUUACAUUGGAAGAUCGAAGAAGGGACAAGAGUCUAUCUAUUUUGUGACAUGUACGACCAUCGAAGAGUGUGAACAGAGUCCGUUCUUGGAAAGACUGCUUGCCAGGGGGUAUGAAGUAUUGUACAUGAACGAGCCAAUAGAUGAGAUAUUAGUACAGCACAUGCCUGCGUAUGAAGGGAAGGUUUUCCGAAAUAUUGCAAAAGGCGAUUUGACGUUUGGUGAUGAAACCGAGGAUACAAAAAAAGAAAAGGAAUUAUUAAAGGAAAAGUUCUCCGUAUUGGUGGAUGAACUAAAGAGCACGUUAUCGGAAUACGUUGAUCAAGUCGAUGUCUCUAACCGGUUAACGGUAUCUCCAUGUGCAGUCAUUGCACACGAAUAUGGAUGGACGGGUAACAUGCACAGAAUCAUGUCUGCCCAAGCAUACAGACAAGAAGACGAGUUCAUGGCCAAAUUUUAUGCAAAUCAAAAGAAAAUUUUAGAGAUCAAUCCAAAUCAUCCAUUGAUUUUGGGUUUGUUGGAGAAAGCUAAAUCUGGGUUUGAUGAUGAAACCAAAGAACUGGUUCACGUCCUGUAUGAGACAAACCUUAUCAGGUCUGGGUAUCAAUUGAAAGAUAAUAUAAAAUAUGCAUCCCGGGUUGAGAAAGUAUUACGCCAAAACUUGGAUAUCGACGUUGAGGCAAAGGCCACCGUUAACGAGGAACCAGCCCCUGAAUUGGAUGAAGAAGAAAAAAAGAAGUUGGAAGAACUGUCAAAAGACGAGGAGUUUGAAUUAGAUGAUGAUGAUGAGCCUUCCAAACACAUUAAAGAUGAACUUUAG